UUUAAACUGGUUGAGUUAAAAAAGUGUUAGAGUUAUCAUGAGAUAGAAAUAUUAUUAGGCAAAUUUGUUAAUUGGUUAAGCAUUUUUUUUGUAAAUUUGUGUUGUGGUAAAUUUAAUAAGGGGUAGAAAUAUUUAUGGUAGACUUUAUUUGGUUCAACUGUUAAAUGGCAUAGAUAUUUCAGGUAUACAUAGAUUUGGAUCAGAUUUUCAUGGCUGAAAUGGUUGUGGUGGAGUUUUCAAAUGGUAAAGUUACAAAAUUGAAGGGAUGUUUCGUGGUAAUGAAAAAAUGUUGUAUAAAAAAUAAUUGAUACAGUAAUAUUUUGGUAGGAUUUUCAUAUGGUAUAAUUGUCUAAUGGUAGAAAAGUUAGGGUAGAACUGAUCUUGAUAGAAUUAUAGUUGGAGUAGAGAUUUUUAUGGUAGAGAUGAAAAUGUACCAGAUUUUCAUGGCAGAACUGGUUGUGGCAGUGUUUUCAAAUGGGAAAGUUAUUAAAUUGCAGGGAUAUUUCAUGAUAAAGAAAAAAAUUUGGCAUAAUUACUAUUUGAUAUAGUAAUAAUAUAUUGGUAGGAUUUUAAUGCAGUAUGAUCAGCAAAUGGUAAAAAAGUUAAGGUGGACUUGUUCUUGGUAGAGUUACAUUUGAGGUAGAGACUUUUACGGUAGAGAUGUAAAUGUGCCAUUACGAGUGAGAAGUAAUGUGACCCGGCAUUAAUGCUCCAAGCUGUACAUAUGUGCGUUUGUGAGGAGGUUAUCCAUUGUUUAUCGAUAAAUUAAUUAAAACUGAAGAGUUAUUUUUAUUAAACAGAUAUCUGAGACCGCAUAAAUGAGUACUAGAGAUAAGCGUGCGAACAACAUGAAUCGUCAAAAUCCAUCUGCAACGACGUAUAUGAAGCUUCCACCUAACAAUUACCAACUCAUAAAACUAGGCCAACAAAUAAAACAGGAAUUAGUACGCAUUCCCGUUUUAAAUACAAAUCUACUUCAAAAACUACACGAUGCAAGCCACAUCUCUGAAGAGCAAUAUCGAGAUGGUCAAAGUUCAGUUGAUACUGAAGAUUUCGUUUCAUCAUUGAAAGGGAUGGAAGGGAUGGAACAUCAUUUAUCACCUGAGUUAUUGAAGGAUAGCAAAUCAACUGGGGUUACUUCUGAUCCUUCAUUUGGAACCAAAGAGUACGUAAAUUACGAAGUUCUCUCACAGAUGAGUCAGUUGGGUCAGUUACAAUCUGGAAUUCAGCCUCUAUCAUCAAUAAAUCACGACGGUCAGGGCGAUCAGGACAAUACCAUGAUUGAUGAUACGAAUGAUCAUCCUCAUGACAAUUUAUAUUGCCAAUGUUGUCGUUCCAAAACAGAGAAAAUGUACCAGUUACAAAUUUUUUUAGCCAAGCAGUCCACAGAAAUAUUGCAAUUUCAACGCUCGAACAAUAAUAAUAGUGUUGCUGCUAGUACAAACUACCGAUUUCUUUCGAAAUUUGUAUUAGGAACUACAGAAUAACUGAAAGAAUUUGAUAGAGAUCUUAAAGCUAAUCUGACGAUGCAGGAAGAAUUCAUUCCCCGCGGUUGGUUAGUUAUCGAAAAUCGAUUAACCCCGUAAUCUAGUUUAUCGACUGGUCCCCGGAAAACGCCAAUUUUGGAGACUCAGCCUCCCUCCUUACUUAGGAACUAAUAAGAGUGGGAAAUUUUACGAAAAUAGCCGAAGGGUCUCGGACUUAGAUUAUUAGUGAGUGCACGAGGUGAAUUUGGACAGAGUCGGACGGACCGGCAAGAAGACCAAGUGAAACUGCGCGUGAAAGAAAAAGGUAAUUAUACAUGCUCUGGAGAGGUUAUAGUGGAACCUUCCUGAAGCAAUAAUUAUAAUAAAUUAAGGGAAUUUCUUGUAUCCGGCAGGAGGCCGAUACAAUUUAAAGUAAAGAACUAAUUUGUACUGAAUUUUUCACAGAUCUAACUGCACAUAAUAAAAAUAAUUUAAAAAGGAGAGUUGGGAGAUAUUGGAAGGAACAAGGAAAUCGGCAGUGAAGGACAGAAGGAAAGAAAGACCGUCACGAGGAAAAGUAAAGGCAGUCGCCAUUUCUAAGUCGUUCCGGAUAGAAUAAAAUUCUCGGCACAAGCCAGAAUUUCUUUUGUAAUUAAUUGCACGGUCCGUCGGAUAAAAUUCUCGGCAGAGAGGCCAGAAUUUUGAAUCACAAAUUUCUAAGAUUGAAAAAUUUCUCGGCGUGGAGCCAGAAGUUAGAAAAUUUUUUAGUCAAAAGUUUAUUUUAAAUUAAUCGAUAAUAAUUAAUAAGCAAAAUUUAUAUAUAUAUCUAUAAGAAUUAAUAAGAUUAAGAUAACCAAGUGCUGUGAAAAGUGAUAAAGAAUUGUUGGGAAAUUAAUUAAUUAAAAAUUAAAUAGAAUAAAUUGAUAUCAGUAAAAAUUAGUAAAAUUGGUUAAGGAAAAAUAUAAAGUUAACGCGAAGAAAAGACACGAAAUAGAGAGAGACAGACUGAGUUGCAUUUUCAAGUUCAUGUGACGAAAGAAAAAAAUUUUUUUCUCUCGAAAAAAAAAUGGCUAAUCAUUCAAGAGAAUUUAUUAAAGUUUUUGAAACCCACCAUUAACUUUCUGUGCGAUCAUUGGUUGCUGAAAUAUCGAUAAUCAAAGACAAAAGGAUCCUUUUCCAUAUGAAGACUGAUAUCUCGGCGACAAGUGGACCUAUCAAGGUCUAUAAAAAAUGAAAUUAAAGCUGAAUAACGAAGGUAUCCGACCCUUAGAGUGGUUAAGCGAAAAAAAAUUUUCCUACGCCCGUAGACCAAAUAAAAAAAGUAAAAAAAAUUUGAAAAUUUUUUUGUCGCUAAUUUUUCCAAGAUUACUCAAAAACCGCUUACGCUAAAAAUCUUUACAGUUCUAAUCCAAAAAGUAGACACGUGGAGCUACAAUUUUCUUUUUUUUUCUUCCUUGUACGACCAUUUCUCUCGAAGUUACGGCCUGUUGAAAAUCACCCAAAAAUUUGGAAUUUUUUUUUGACCCUUUAAUUUUUUCCAGUAGUGUAUGUGGUUUUUUUAUUUAUUGAAUGAUAAUUAACAGAAAUAUUAAUGAUUAAUUUCAGUGAACCUGAACGAAAUUUGAAAUUUACGAUUAUGAAAUGGUUCCAGCGAGGAAGCGACCGAGCAAAAAUAAAAAUGAUCCGAAUCCCACACCGUCGAAAAAACUAAAAACUAACAAGAAAUGUUAUAUCACUCAAGUUAUUGAGCUUAACGCAUGUCGAAAAAUUCGAUUUUGAUUAUAUAUCGAAAAAUUUUAACUAUUUUUUUUUUUUUAUAAGAAAGCAAAAAUUUGAUGAAAAAUGUUAUAACUUCCUCAAAAGGAACGAUUUCAAACUUUUUUUUACAUGGGUUAAGCAUGAGAAGAGGGACCACUGUCUACGAGUGACGGGUCAAUUUUAGAAAAAUAAUACAGAUUUUUCAGAAAGAUUAAUGUCACAUUCUAAAGUAGCCUUUAAGAUUAUAAGAUCUGAUGAGAAAGUAAUUUAUUUAUUUGUUUUUUUAUGUUUAAACAUCUUAAUAUAUAGAUAAUAACUUUAAUACGUCGAUAUUUAUGAUAAUUGAAAUUAUAACCUAGUCUAACGAUAUUUUUUCGGGACUGUUUAUUAUUUAUAAGUAUUUAGACAACUGGAAUUAUUAUUUAAAACAUUCAUGAUCUCAAAGCUUAUAGACGUUGAAGCUAGACGUCAAAAUAUGAUAUGUUAAAUAGUGUCAUUAAUAAGAUGUUUUAUAAUUUUUAAUUCUAAAUAUGAAUUAUAUUUGAAUGAUUUAUAAUAACUUAUAAUAAUAAAUUUUAAUAUUCCAAGAAUAUGAUGUAUGUAUUUGUAUAAAAUUUAUAGGGGAAAAUUGACAGUAACUAAAUAAAUAAAACAUAGCCAUUUCAUAUUUUAAUGUAUUGUAGUGGUAUGGUUUGUAGUGGUAUGGUUUUGCUCAUUUGAUUUAUUAAAUAAAUUAAACGAAAACAGAAAAUUUUAUCUCAACAAUAAAAUAUGAUGAGGACUAUGCUUUUAUUUAUGUACAUUUCAAUUUACCUCUAUUUAUUCCACCCUCAACCUUUCAGAAAUUCUUUACAAUUUGUUAACAUUAAAUCAUCGUAACACUAUUACAUUUGUUAACAUAAGGAUAAAGUUUUGAAUUCGAUUUGUCGACAUAAUAAUGCUGCCGAUUUGUUGCCUUUUUGGUAUGGAAAAAUUAAAUACUUUUUGUUAACAAAACACUAUAAGAUGUAAUGAAAAAGUUGUCAAAAUGUUAUCAGAAUGUUGACAAAUUGUUAUCGUAAAGUUAUCUUUUAGAAACCUAUAAAUGUUAACUUUUGGUUGGACAUUAGGCAUACUUUUUGCUUUAAAAAAUCUAACUUUUUGGAAUGCAAAAUGAAAUGUUAACAUUGUAAUUGUUACCAUUUUGUCAGGUUUAAGUUAACAUUUGGCCACUUAGGAGAAUCUGUUUUUGGUAGGAUAUUACUAUGUUUACUAUGUACAAUCACAGCCUUAUUCGAUCUACACCAUCUACACUAAAGCGACUGUAACCAAACCCAGACCUACGCCUACGCCUACAGGGCCUACAUUUACACCUACACUUACUAUACAUCACAAAGGACACAUUUACAAAAAAUAGAAUUCCACAUUACACCAGUACACUUUCCAUUUCCAUGUCCACAUAUUUUUUUAUAAUCAUUGAAAUUCAAAUAAUUUAGUGUUUAUGUUGAUAAAUAAUUACAAACAAAUGUCGUGAUCAUGAAUUGUUCAUGUGUAAUUUGCUGGGUAAGAUUGCAAUCAGAUCAUAAUAUAAUUGCAACUGAUUGUGGUCAUAUUUUUCACAAUAAGUGCCUUAACGAGUGGAUAGAGAGGUCACAAACAUGCCCGGAAUGUCGGAAAGAUAUAAAUUCAACAAAAAUACAACGUCUUUAUUUAAAUUUUACAAACGAUGAUACGAUCCAAGAUGAUCCAGCAGUACUACAAGAACAGAUUGAUAAAUUGCAAUAUUUAACACGUUUGCAUGAACCUCAGAUAUUGAAAUUGACGGCACAAAAAAAAAGUUAUGAGCAGAGAAUAAGUGGAUUGGAUCAAGAUUUCUUAAAGCAGACCAAUGAAGUAAGAAAGUUGGAUGCUGUUAUUUUUGCUCUUGAAGAACAAUUGAACGGCCAUAAAGCUGCUUGUGAAGAAAGUAGAUAUCACAAAGAACAAACUACUAAAGUUAAAGUUGAAUUAGAAAGUUUAAAAGGUUACUUGAUUCACGAAAAGACAGCACACAAACAUUACAAAUCAUUAGUUCAAAAAUUAGAACUACAUGUUAGUCAGUACACCGCUAAAGUUGAAAAACUUGAGCAUCGAUUAGCAGAAGCAGAGAAUAAAUAUUUGCAUAAAGCUCACGAAGUUGAUACUUUAAGGGGUAUUUUAACAGAAGUUAAAUUACGUCCUUUAGAAACACCAACGACUAGUACAAUAAAUAAUGAUUCAAUAUUAAUGUCAACGAUGCCUGAUACCUAUGAUAAUAUGAGAGAAGAGAGACCUGUGAAUCGAGGCAAAGAUUCGUCUUGCAUGUCCUAUAAUUUGGUUAUUAAGUCUAUUGAGAAUAAAGAAAAUGAACCCCAUGUUCAAAAUGGCAGUAUGUUUUCUUAUUUUAAAAGAAAACUUAGUCCUUCGAAUUUGAGACAUCCUGAGUAUGGAUAUUCUGCCAAAAGACUUAUGAGUCCAAACUCUUUAACACUUGAGCCUUAUGCACCAGAUGUAAAAGUACAUAACAAUAUAUCAGAUUCAGUCCCAACAACUUCCGGUCAGCAGAAAAAAAAUUUUGUUAGUAUAACAGAAACUCAUUUGUCUCCGGUUAAUAACUUGUCCGUUUCAUCAACACUUUCGCUUUCUUCUUCUUCUCUCUCAUCUCAGUCUUCGAGCUCAUCUACAUGUUCGUCUUUCUUAUUCUCAUUGUCUGCGUCUAGUAAAAAGAAAAAAGAAAAAAUAAAUAAUAAUAAUAUUAAAAAUAAUAAUAAUAAUAACAAUAAUAAUAAUAAUAAUAAUAGUAACAACAACAACCACAACAACAACAACAACAACAACAACAACAACAACAACAACAAUAAUAAUAAUAAUUACUCGCAACCGACUGAAUUAGUUGAUUUAACUGGCGAUGAUUCGAUAAUUAUUGAUCUUACGUAAAAAUUACUUCAUUUAUUUUUAAAAUUAAACAAUUUGUUAAGUCGAGUACAAUUAAAAAAUAGUAAAAAUAAAUUAUGAGUCUAUAAUAUAAAAAAAAAUUUUUAUUAGUGAACAAACUUGAAAAUAUUUCCAUUUCAAUACUACUUUUUCUUUUAAUUUUUCAAAUUGAUUGAUUUUUUUGUUUUUAACAUGAAUGACUUUUUUUUCUUCAGUUUUAUUGGGUGGGAUAUAUAUUUUUUAUUUUUGUUAAAAAAUACUUACACAUUUUUCGAGUUUUUAUUUUCGGAUUCUCAGAUUCGAAAAGGAGUAAGUUCAAUUUUUAAUUUUGACUGGAAAGACCAACUUGCAUAAUAGUAAAAACGUAAUCGAAUUAUUAAUUACUUAAAAAAAAAAGUAACCGAUUGAUUUUUUUUUUUAAAUAAAAUUUUGAUAAGACCUGGAUGUGAAAAAUAA